GUGAUUUGGAGCGAUUUGUCCGGUACUAAAUACGUGCAUAACGUCUGGGCGUUGUUUAUCUCAUUGAGCCUUGUCAUCAACAAACAGAGAGUUAUUUUAAAAUUUGAUAAAAUGUCGUUCGUCUCGCCCAUGCCAAGUCGCGAUUUUUUGUGGGACGUCUUUCAAAGAGUUGAUAAGGAUCGAUCUGGAGCAAUCAGUGCAGAUGAAUUGCAGCAAGCACUUUCCAAUGGCACGUGGACACCAUUCAACCCCGAAACCGUUCGUCUAAUGAUCGGUAUGUUUGACAUUGAAAAAAGUGAUCCAAAUGAAACAGGUAUGUUCGAUAAGAGCCAGAAUGGAACAGUGAGCUUCGAUGAGUUCGGAGCUCUCUGGAAAUACGUGACAGAUUGGCAGAAUUGCUUCAGAUCUUUCGACAGAGAUAACAGUGGCAACAUUGACCGUCACGAGCUAAAGACAGCACUCACGAAUUUUGGAUAUCGUCUGUCAGAAGGCCUCAUUGAUAUGCUGAUUAGAAAGUACGAUCGUUUGGGAAGGGGCACCAUUUACUUUGAUGAUUUUAUUCAAUGCUGCAUUGCGCUCUAUACCCUGACAUCAGCUUUCCGUAAAUUCGACACCGACCAGGACGGAGUCAUCACAAUUCACUACGAACAAUUCCUGAGUAUGGUCUUCAACUUGAAAAUUUAGUUGAUUUUUACGAAAUAGAUUCCGAAAAACAACAAAUAUUCCUCGCAACAUCAAAUAACAGAAGGGAAAUUGUCAAAAAAAUAUUCAAUACGCGCCUGGUGCGUGGAAUUAUGUGUUACGUCUGUUCUACUCAAUUGAAUCUGCUGUUAAUUUUAUUUUUCCUUCUGCACAUUCCCAUUUUUUGAUUCAAUAUCGAGAGUUCUCGAUUUGUCCGAUGAUGAUCGUAUAGAAGGCCUUGUUCCAAUAUUUUUUCUCUGCGUGAAUUGCCAAAUUCGAUUAAGUAUUGCCGAGUAUUAUGUAAGAGAGAUAUUAUUACGGAAUGAUGUGGAGGAAAUAAUACAUCGUUAUCUUAAAAAAGGGAAUCUCAAUGUUGAAUGUAACGUGAAAUAUUUGAUGAUUAGACGAGCGAGGCUCGUGACGUAAAAAUUCUGAAAUAAUUCAAUGUUUCAAAUGUCAAAAUGUUCCUAAUUGCGUAAGGAUAAACUUAUUCAGCCUUAUGAAAUCAAAAAUAUAAAAUUAUGCAUUGAAAUUGUCGUUUAGCUUAUGAGCCAGACUGAAAAGGCAGCCGAGCGAAGAAAUGUAUCACAAACUGCAAUCAAGUCAUCCAAUCACCGAUAAAUAUUUACUCAGAUAAACUAAUUUAAAGAUUAUACUGUGACUAUAUUUUUUACUCUUCUGUUCAGGUCCAUGUGAAAUAUCCCCGUGUAAAAAUAAAAAACAAAGUAUAUAACAGA